CUUCCCUCUUUCUCUUCUUCCUUCCCCUAUUCUCGAGCUUCAGUUUUUCUUUCCCCUUUCUUUUCGCUCUCUUCCUUAGAACUCUCGGAGAGAGACUGAGAGAGGUUGUCUUCUCGCUCGCCUUAACCCUUUCUUCUUCUCACUUUCCUUUCCCCCUAUUCCUUGAUGCCAACUUCCAACUUCAAGCUAAUGUGAAAUUCUCGCUUUCCUCUGUUCUGUCUCUCUUUUGAUACUACCUCUCUUUUUUACUGGUUCGUUCUUUCAAUUGCUGUGUGUGGUGGGAUCACGCCGUUUGUCUUUUCCCGCUUUGGGUUCCUGCGGGGAGAAAAGGAGUAGAGAAGUAUGAAUCCCAGCAACGGAAAGGGAUCUGUUUCCACUAGCUCGAGGGUUAGCUGGAAAUCUAAUGAAGCAGCCCCGGUUGCUGAUCAGUUUCCGGUGGGACUUCGUGUUAUGGUAGUAGAUGACGAUCCCACUUGCCUUAUGAUUCUGGAAAAGAUGCUCAGAACUUGCAAGUAUGAAGUGAAAAGAUGCAGUAGAGCAGAAGAAGCACUCUCAAUCCUAAGAGGGAAUAGUAAUGGCUACGAUAUAGUCAUUAGCGAUGUCCAUAUGCCAGACAUGGACGGAUUCAAGUUGCUGGAGCAUGUUGGUUUGGAAAUGGAUCUACCUGUUAUAAUGAUGUCCGCGGAUGACUCUAAGAGUGUGGUGAUGAAGGGAGUAACUCAUGGUGCUUGUGAUUACCUGAUAAAGCCGGUCCGGAUCGAGGCUUUGAAGAACAUAUGGCAGCACGUGGUACGAAAGCGGAAGAACGAGUGGAAGGAAGUGGAUCAGCAGUCUGGGAGUGCUGAUGAUGGGCAGCAGCCGAAGUACUCGGAGGAUGGCGAUUAUUCGUCCUCGGUCAAUGAGGGCAAUUGGAGAAACUCCAAGAGAAGGAAAGACGAUGAUGAGGAUGGAGAGGAUAGGGAUGAUACUUCCACGUUGAAGAAGCCUCGUGUUGUUUGGUCUGUCGAGCUGCAUCAACAGUUUGUUGGUGCUGUGAAUCAGCUUGGAAUCGACAAAGCUGUGCCAAAGAAGAUUCUCGAGCUGAUGAAUGUGCCUGGACUCACAAGAGAAAAUGUUGCUAGCCACCUUCAGGUAUGGCCCUAACUUGAUUUAGUCUUUUAAUUGGUGGUGUAUAUGGGAGAGGAGUAUUUGGAUUUUGCACAUAAUCAAACAAAUGCAUAACACAUUCGAUUCAUUUGAGAGUACUUGACGUAUUUCCUUGUGUUGAGCUUUUUGUCCUAAAUUCUAAUACAGUAUUUGCUCUUGUGAGGUACAGAAAUAUCGAUUGUAUCUAAGAAGGCUAAGCGGUGUUUCUCCACACCAGAAUAAUUUGGGCAACUCUUUCAUGAACCCUCAAGACCCGGGAUAUGGACCAUUAUCAACGCUUAAUGGAAUCGACUUGCAAACCCUUGCAGCAACCGGUCAGCUGCCAGCACAAAGCCUCGCCACUCUUCAAGCAGCAGGAUUAGGUCGAGCAGUAGUAGCUGCCAAAUCCAGGAUCCCAAUCCCGGUGGUUGACCAGCGGAACCUCUUCAGCUUCGAAAAUCCUAAGCUCUCGUUUGGAGACACCCAACAACCACCACAACAUUUGAACAAUGGGGGGACGCAGAUUAACAUGCUUCAUGGAAUCCCAACCAACAUGCAGCCCAAGCAGCUAGUGAAUCUGCAGCACCAGGGAAAUUCACUUCCCACUGUUCAGAAUGUUCAAAGUGUACAGAGUGGGUCUCUAUUGAUGCAAAUGACUGAUCAACCACCGUUGAGAGGGCAGCAGCCGAUGGGUAACUAUAAUUCAAUUUCUCAGUCUUCACCAAUGAUGAACUUAAGCAGCAGCUAUCCUCUCUCGAAUAUUCAAGCCAAAAGUGGAUUUCCAGAAGAUUUGACCUCAGAGAUGAAGGGAUCAACUCCGGGAUUCAUGCCUAGCUAUGACAUCUUCAAUGAGUUGAAUCACCAACAGAAGUCCCAUGAUUGGGAAUUGCAAAAUGUAGGGUUAACAUUCAAUGCAACUCAGCAAGCCAAUAAUAGCAUCGAUGUUCUCGGGACUUCAAUCGCAGCAUCUCAUCAUUCGGGCUUCUCGUCAUCGAGCCAAGGAAGUGGCCUGACCAGGAAUGCAUCUACUGUUCAUGCGAACAACAAUAACAAUGCAAUAAGUGUGGGGCAACAUCGUAUGAACGUUAAUAACUUCUACCCCGAUAAUAAUUCAGUUCGAGUUAAGCUCGAACCUCCAUUAUUUCCGGAGCAGUUUGGUCAGGAUGAUCUCAUGAGCGCUCUACUCAGACAACAGCAGGGACAGGGAGGGAUAGGACCGGCGGAGAAUGACUUUGACUUCGAUGGGUAUUCCAUCGACAAUAUUCCCGUCUAGGAAUGAACAAACAAGGUUUUAAGCACGCGCGACGAUCAAGUCCCUCAUGGCGAUGGCCACUGCUGAAUGUACAUACCUGCUGUUGCCUGUGGACCCUCCUGAUUUCUCUCUUCAAGGACAGCAGCAUAGAUAUUCAAAAGUUCUAGUAGCUUCUUGGUUAGGAGGAAAGAGUUUUCUGCAUUCGACGUAGCUGCAUUUCAUUUGUGAAUAUUUGAGGACAAGCUCUCUGCUGUGCUCUGCCGAAGGUGGUGACAUGUAGAAGAACAGGAACGAUCAAAAGGGUUUACCACCAGCAGCAGCAUGAUAUGCAAUAUUUUUGGAUGGAACUGUUUGGGAGGGAAAGUCCAGCAGAAGCAAAAGAGGAACCAAAAGAAAGCUAAUUCUUAGGAUGGUGGAAAUUUGUGGAGACUUUGUGGUUAUUUGGGUUAGAAAAAUUGAAAUUCAGUGAAGGAGGAUUAUAAGCUUUCAGUAGAAGAUUGCAGGAAGAAUGUAGGGCUGCCUUUUCUUUUUUCCACUUUUCUAACUCUAAUAACACAUUUGUCAGGAUUUCUGUUUGUUUUGCUUUCCAGCUUCUUUUCAGAUUUGUUAUUUGAGGAAACUGACCCUUGAGUUGUACAUACUAUCUCUCCCCCACCGCCAUUUGAUUGCUCUUUUAGACAUAAGUCCCCUCCUGGUAUAUUUUCCCCCAGGAUGUUCUUUUUAUCUUCUUCCCUUUGUACUUAAAAAAUGUUGCAGGAGUCUUUCUCAUGUUCUUAUUUGAUGAAAGCCUCUUGCUUUGUGUUUCUGAGUUGUAGACAGAAGCAACAUUGUGUAUUGACUAUUGAGCUUGUCUGUAUUUGAGAUCUGUUUUGUAUUAAUAACAUGGUACAAAGAUGAAUAAGCAAGCA